UUUUUAUGAAUUUAUAAUCGAUUAAUUAGAAUUUGUUUGAAAAAUUCUCUGUGAUGCUCCACGUGGAGGGUUUCGAGUCAUUAUUAAGCAGUGUAGCUGACAGACCCUUGAGUCUAUGGGGAAAAAGUAUAGCAUUGGAUGGAAGUGUGAAAAGGGUCGUGGAUGAAGCGUUGAAAGGUGAUAGGGUUAUUGAAAUAAUCGGAAAAACCGAGGGGAGCAUCCCCAAGGAUUCUCUCCCCACGUGCAUCCAUUGUCCCUCGAGUUCUGAAGAAUUUCUCCAGAUUAAAUUACCCAUUCUCGUCUUCGUGAUGAAAAAUCUUAAACAAGAAGGAAAAAUUGAGUUCCAGAUCACGGAUAGGCUGCAAUUCCGGAGGCGAUUCAUCCUGAUAACAAACGCGAUUCGCGAGAAAAUUCCGAAAAUCACGCCUACUACUGCAUUCCUUCCCUUCGUCCUGGAGGAUGGUUGGAAUAUGUUGGAAAUAGACCUUCGGAGUUUAUGCAAAGAAGUUUAUCUCACCGACUACAUGUGUUUAAAUCGUGUAAUAUUAUUUCCCAAUUUUCGAUUGCGCAGGAUUUACUUGCAAGAUCGCCACUACGAGGCGAACGAAACCCCAAAGGAAAUAUUCGAUGCUUUUUCCGAAUUUUAUAAAUUUAGAAAGAAAACCAUCAAAGGUGUCGACAAAAUUUGUCAAACUCAGAUGCUGACGAGAAAAAUUGUACAGAAACCCAUAAAGAAGAAGAAAAAAAUGAAGAAGAGUGAGGAAGAAAUGUCGAGCAAUAGUAAAACCUAAAAGAGACUGUAAAUAAUUAUCUCAAAAAUAUAUAAAUGGAAAUAAAGAAAACCAAAUAUUUUCCUAAGUAUAAAACAUGUAUAUUUCCAUUGUAAUUGCA